AGAACCGCCACUGCAUCGCAUCACACCAGCGGGAUAAAGCUGUGUGUUUACUCCGCAGUAGCUGCCCACCCCGUACCCUCUCGAGGCACGUAGCGUGCGUGCAGGCGGCUUCUCUUUAUAUGGUGUCGCUUCCUUCCUGGCAGCUUCAGAUGCAUCAGAGGAGAGGAGAGGAGAGGAGAGCAAACCUCCGAGCUUCACCCCCUGCUGCUGCGCUGUGCGCCAAACCCGCAGCUGCCUGACCCUGUCUGCGCCCCCCGCGGCCCCACAGGCGCACUUAGUUCAAACAUGUGAAGUUUGUGGAAUGCUCUGCAUUUUCAUCUCUGGGUCGUUUCCACUUCAGGAUGGGAACUGCGGUGUCCAAAAGGAAGAACCUGAGGAGUGACGCGAUUUCUUCCGUGGCCGCAAAAGUUCGAGCAGCCAGAGCAUUCGGAGAAUAUCUGUCCAACACAAACCCAGAGAACCGCAACGGAGCAGAUCAUCUUCUGUCUGAAACUUUCCCCAGUCAGGACUCUAACUCUCCGGACGUCAGCCGUUUGCAUAACAACAAUCUGCCGCCACGAAGCAACACAUUGCCUAUAACUAAACCUGGUCGAUCCCACCAGCCCCAUCCCAGGACAAAUCUGCAGUCGCCCCCUCAGGUUGACGCCCUCAAAGCUCAAGGACCCUCGGGCCCCUCAAAACGUAGACUCUCUGUCGAGCGAAGCCUCUCCUCGGAGGAGCCACCAAGUGCCAGAGGCUCCGAGGGGAGCGCUGCUCUGAAGCCACCCAGGGUGUACACAAUAACGAGAGAAGGCGGGAUGACUCUUGGGGGCCCCGGAAGUGAGGAGGCCGUAGAGUUGGAGGUACUGAAGGGCCCCAGGGAGCACCCGGGCUCCCAACCCUCCAACCCCGCCAUCUACAGCCUGUCCUGCACCAGCCAGCCAGCAGCUAUAGCCGCCCGAGGCAGCCACCACCGCAGUAGCCAUCAUCGCGCUAGCCAUCACCAUGCCAACCAGCAACAGGGGGGGCCCUCAUCAUCCUCAGAACCUCUGCAGAGCUCAAGGAGUGCCAGCAACAUUGGUGACUGGGGGAUAAGGAGAGGCGGCUCCAGGGAGGAGUACAGUCCAGACUGCGUGGCCUGUAUCCGAGCCCCAUGCCAAAGCCAGAGGUCACUGGACCUGGACACCUCACCACGGGACGGAGGGAAGCCCCGCAAGAAGCUGGAGAGGGUGUACAGCGAGGACAGGACGUCCACUGACGACAGGGAGGACGGCUCUAAUAGCUGGUUCCCCAAGGAGAACAUGUUCAGCUUCCAGACAGCCACCACCACCAUGCAGGCCAUAUCAAAUUUCCGUAAACACCUCAGGAUGGUUGGCAGUCGCAGGGUGAAGGUCCAAACCUUCGUCGACCGCCGAGCCAAGAGCUUCAGCCGUUCAUGGAGUGAUCCCACCCCCGUCAAGCCCGAGUCUAUUCAUGACUCCAGAGACAUAACAGGUGGCGAGCUUCAGACCUCCUCAGGGACUCUAGAUGAAGGGCUUGAUGAGGAUGCUGACUGGGAGGAGGAGAGGGAUCUGGAGAGGGCGGCCUGCGAAGGGGAUGAUUUCAUCCCACCGAAAAUCAUGCUCAUAUCCUCCAAGGUACCGAAGGCCGAGUAUGUUCCCAACAUCAUCCGCAGGGACGACCCCUCCAUCAUCCCUAUUCUAUAUGACCAUGAGUACGCCACCUUCGAUGACAUCCUUGAGGAGAUAGAGAAGAAGCUGACAGCCUACAGGAAGGGCUGCCGGAUCUGGAACAUGCUGAUUUUCUGCCAGGGAGGUCCAGGACAUCUCUACCUGCUGAAGAAUAAAGUGGCCACCUUCGCCAAGGUGGAGAAGGAGGAAGACAUGGUGCAGUUCUGGCGGCGCCUCAGCAGGCUGAUGAGCAAACUGAACCCGGAGCCCAACCUGAUCCACAUCAUGGGUUGUUAUGUGCUGGGAAGCACUAAUGGGGAGAAGCUUAUCCAGACUUUGAAGAGGCUGAUGAGGCCGUUGUCUGUUGAAUUCAAGUCUCCACUAGAGCUGUCAGCCCAAGGCAAAGAGAUGAUCGAGAUGUACUUCGACUUCCGCCUGUACCGCCUUUGGAAAAGCCGUCAGCACUCAAAGCUGCUGGACUACGAUGACCUCUUGUGACCUCACCCACUCAACUUCGGGCUUGUCAGCCGGCUUUUGCAAAUCUGAGCCUACUGUUGCACGGUGACAGGGCGUUUGGAUCCCGGGGGGCCCCUGCCCUCUUGGUUGGCCCCGCUGGCCUCUGGCUCUGCAGCAGAGCUGGAGCAACAGCAGCGCAGAGGGGUGUCUUUUUUUGUUUUCUUCUCUAGAACCUUCUGAAAAGGCAGAAUGUGGCUUGGUAGAAACACCCAGCGGGUCGGGGGUUUAUUGAACUCUUACCAAUUUUCACUGUCUGCCUGACUCUGGGGGAUCAGAGGAGGAAGCGGACAGGAAACAGGAGGAGCAGCGAACAUAAAUGUGUCAGUGAUGCUGAAAGACUGACAGCAGACAACAGAGAGAUCUUCAUGUACACUUUAGAGCAAAGCUUCUUUUUCCCUUGCCUUGCCUUUAGUAAAACUACUCAGCUCUUUUAAGACGGAGACUUUUAAGAAAAAAGAUUUAGCCGUUCUUUUUCACUUGAUAAAGCUUUUCACUAAAGGAAGCAGAGCUUAUAUGUAAAUGAGUCUUCAAAGCAUCUUAGGAAUAGGUUUUCAACCUCUCUGUCGGUGGCAUUGCUUUAAAAAACAGCUUUUAUUCGUACAAUACAUUUAGAUUUACAAAUUGAAUAAGCUGAAGCUUUUUUUUUUUUUUUUUUUUUUUUUGGAGUUAAAAUCUUCAGGUUAACGUGUUAGUAUUUCGUACAGACUGUUGUAUGAACUCAGGUGAAAUCUCUUAGACUUACUGUACAACUAACUGUAGAUCAGAAGUUGAAGGCCUUGUAUAAGCCACACAUUCUCAGUGGGACGUCGCGUCAUUUCUGCGGCGCAGAAACUUUUAGUUUGGCAUUCUCACGGAGUCGGCAGUAGCUCAACACGUAGAUGCGCCUGCGCACGUCUGCCUGCCUGGUGGCGGUGUGCGGUAGGCAGACCCGCUGAGGCGGUUUUAGCUGCUCUUUCCUGAAAUGCUGGCGCACAGGUGCCUUUUUUUUAUUUACCACCUGUGUGUGUUUUAGCUGCAUGUGUUGUGCUCAAAGCGUGUUUCCCUUGGUAGCCUGUGAAGAUCCACAGGUAGACAACCUUCAUAUGAAAUAGGUGAUGCAUAGACUUAUUUGUAUAAUUAGCUUAUUUUCAAUAUUUUUAGUAGUUUUUCAAAUUAUUAUUGUUACUAUUUUUUUAAGAUUUAACUUAAAUCUUACAAAGUAGCAUUGAUUAGUAAAGGCAAUACUUAGUUUCUUCCUUUUCGUGUUGUUUUUUCUUGAAGCGCUCUGAGCCGUUUGACAGGAACACAGUAGGAUUUAAAAGGCGCCCUCUGGUGGUUCAGUGUUUCUCCCCCAGAGUUGGACUUUAACAUUCAUGGUAUUUCUUGGUGUCUUAUGAUGAGACUGGAGAUUUAUUGUUGUAUCAUAUCUUUUGAGCAGAAAUGCCACUUUUUCUGGCAUUUUUCAAAAAAAAAAAAAAAACACAUUAAAAACUAAAAUGUGUAAAAUAUAAAACAUAACUUUCAUUUGAAAGCAAGCAUCAGCCAUUAUUUCUGCUGCUUCAAUGACAUCACAGAUUAAUACAUUACUGUAGCCAUAAGGUCUGCUAUCUGUAAUUAUUUCUAGGUGUUUUAAUUUUUGCUACAUAGACACUCAUGUAAAGAAUGUUAAACACUCUGGUUAAACCAGUUGGAAUAUUGCUGUUAUGGCUGAUAACCGAUAUUUACCAAUAUUUUACAUCUAUAUGAAUAUGUAUAUUUCUCUAUCCUUUUAUCACUUUGAAAGAAAUGACCACAGUGCUGACUUAACUUCAGCUUAACUCCCCACAAUCCUUCACUGCAUGAC